CAAAAGGAACUAGUGAUUCAUAUGAGCAAUACACACGUGAAUCGGUUCAUUAAAACCCGUCUUCUGAGGCUCAUGUUCUUAAUUUGUUAUUUCUUGUGUGCUUUUCUGUAAUUAUUUAUGUGAAUAAUGUCCGAGGAACUGAUAAAAGAAGAUACCGACUUGUCACUGGCGACUGAGAGAUUAACUUCGCUACAUAUAAACAAGCGACAGGACUAUUUAAUGUGGGAUGAUUACUUUAUGGCCACCGCUCUACUUUCAGCUAAACGUAGCAAAGAUCCUGUCACCCAGGUUGGAGCAUGCAUUGUGGAUAAACAGAACCGUAUCGUAGCUAUUGGCUACAAUGGAUUCCCGCGAAACUGUAGCGAUGAUAUAUUUCCUUGGGUUAAGAAUAGUGAUAGCGAUCCAUUGGAUUGCAAAAAAUUAUAUGUUGUACACGCUGAGGCAAACGCAAUCCUCAAUAGCAACUGCACCAGUCUGGACGGUACUCGACUCUACACGACUCUCUUUCCCUGCAAUGAGUGUACAAAGCUAAUCAUUCAAUCAGGUAUCAGAGAAAUAUUCUACAUAUCCGACAAGUAUGCUGAAAAAUCCAUUUAUAAAGCAUCCAAGCGCAUGCUCGAUGCAGUUGGCAUCGUCUAUAAGCAACAUAUGCCAACAAAAAAGCAGAUUAUAAUCGACUUUGACGCUAUUCUAUAGAGGCAACAACAUUAAUUGUAACUAAGAAUGAGUUGGCAGUUUGACAAAGUCUUUUAAUUUAAAAACUAUAAUUUUUCAAUGUGUACCAUGUGGUGUUA